GUUUAAUUUUACGAUGAAAAAUUAGACCAUACUAGAAUCUUAUUUACAGAUGCAUGUAAAUGCUAUAAGCGUGACUACAAUUAAACUAGCUCAUUACAAGAAUAUUUUUCAUGUACAGAUUUAUGUUUCAUCCUUGUUCCUGAAUUUCAUUGUAACUGUUUGCAUAAUUUACAACAGCACGAUUUAUACACUACGAAAACUAACCUUGGCUGGUCGCGGGUUAGUUUUGAGCCCUUUUCAAAGCAUAGGAAUUAAAUUCGUGGUUAGUUCAAGCAAGGGAACCGGAUUUAGUUUUCGUAAUGUAAAUCGAUCCACAGCCGGUAUUUCGGUAAGCAUUUUAUAUGGUGCUACAUACAUGGACAAUUUUAAAUAUUUUGAUACUUAUGAGAACAAGCAAAUUAUGUUAAAUAUAUCAUCCCGUAUAACUGUCCUUUUGUAAGACUUAUGACUACACCCUAUGUUUUACUACUGCCUCACUUAUACAGUAGUCUAUUAACUGUGCAGUAGUAAAACUCGCAUUGUCAUUACAAUGCAUCGUUAAAAGAAAGUUAAAAAUCAAAGCACUUGACUAGAUGCUUGAGUUAUCUUAUUAACCUUGAGAUCUCACAGUUUAGUCUCGGGCCCUUCCAUAGAAGAAAUGAGCUCAGCCUCUGGCGAAUCUUCAUCGUUCACUACUUUUACGGCUUGUUCCGGCGAGUCGCGGCGUUUCUCGAGAGGUUUCCGAUCUACUAACGGAGCCGAGCUUGUCUUUCGGGUAACUUCAGAGCGUGAUAAGGUAGAUUUCUGUGUUGAUCCUGUAGCUGUUGUGCUGAGUGGCUUUCUGCCUGCCUUCUUCAAGUACAUGUUUAAUACUCGUUUUGUCAUUAUAAAACCAAUCAUUAUAAAUACACCUUGAAGAGAAAAAGAAAUAGGAAUUAAGUUGUAGUCUUUAGAGCCUCGUUUUCGUAUUUGUGACAUUAGAGACCUUAUGAUUUAGGACGGCAACUGCUACCAAUACAAUAAAUCAUUGAAAAGAAUUGAAUAACUACAAUAUAUGAAUAAUUUAGACAUUGUCCUCGCUCUGUUUACAACGCUAAAUCACAUAUUUUUCACGUCUUGAUACAAUGGCUGCAUUUCAAGCCACAACAAAUGCAACUUCAAACAUAAAACCCAUGUCUUCAACUUCUAAGACUGUAUUAAAUUCAUACGAUUGAUAAUAUAGCACGAAUUAUCUUUACUACCAUUUAUUUGAAGGAGUUUGUUUUGGCCGUCGUCGUCGCGUUGCUGUCCUAUAAUCGUCAGGUCUCUAUAACGGAGACUCUACGAUGAAGGACGGCAACGCGACGUCUAUCGACGGCCAGAAUAAAAUCAUUCAAAUAAACGAUUGUAAAGAAAGUUUGUAGACUAUUAAUACUGUUUGGUCUAUAGUUUUAAGCGACGCGACUUGUGAAAAAUUUGAAAUUCAAAUUUCGUUCUCUCGUAGCCUAUCGAAGGGGAGAAUGGAGAUGGCUGUGAAACUCAUUAGAAUAAUAAUAUAAAUCAUUAUCUAUGUUGGUCAACGUUUAUUCAUAAAUCUGGUCCUUCACCGUCACGUGUGUAUUGUAUUUUUGUGUAUGUAUGUAUGUAUUUAAUUUCUUUAGAGACGCUAUCCUCAUCAGCUAUACGGCUGCUUUUCAUGAGGGGCGUGUAUAACUAACCAGCAAUGUUAGCAAUGUUUUAGGAAAGUCGCCUAUCCGUGACUCGAAUAGUAGGGAAACUGGAAAUUGCUAUUGGUGGAUUUGGCAGAAAUACAAUGCACACGUGACGGUGAAAGAACCAGAUAUAUGAAUAAACGUCGACUAACAUACAGGUGUCCCCCAAAACAAGAAAACUAUUGAAAUCGGCAAUAACAAUUUAAUUGUUAGAAGUUAAAUGCCUUUGCGCUCUGUUGGUUCCCACGAGUGCAUAAAUGAUUGACAUAAGUAAAUUUUUUGCAUAAAGAAACUGUUUAAGAAGCUGUUUUUAAUUCCCAGGAGCAGAAAAUCGCGCACUUUACCAGGAGAUAUUCCUAACUAAAUUCUAAUACCUUGUCAAUAUUUUACGCAUCAUUACGUCCAGCUGUUUGGUAGGGUAUUCAAGUGAUUUCAAUAGUCUUCAGGACCCUCUUUUUUGGGACACCCUGUAGAUAAUGAGUUAUAUUGUUAUUCUAAUGAGUUUCACACCCAUCUCCAAGCUUCUCCCCUCGACCAUGAUUCUCUUUGAAUCAAAACUGAUGAAGCUUUGCCUCGAAACUGACCUAAUUUAAGAUGAGUUGCAGUUUGGGAAAAUGUGAUCAAGCGAUGUGUGUUGUGUUAAUGUACAUUUUAACACUGCAUAGUGUUAUGCCGGCGAAUUUUGGGUAUAAUGCCGAUGUAUUUGAAGACGAAAUGAUUGAAUAUGAAAAGCGGCAGCACGGCGGGCAGACAGCAAUACCUCACGAUAAUAUCAAUCAGUACCAAGAUUUACUUGAUGGAAUCAAUAAAGCUGAAGCGGAGAUUUUGAACGAAGACCUGACCUUUGAUUCGAACUCGCUACAAGUCACAAGUCAAGUCGUGCAGGGGACGUUGUAUCGUGUUGAAGUUGAUGUUCAGCCCAAAUCCUGUUCCGGUUCAGAGAGUUGCAACGUGGUGAAGCAUUGCUCGUUUAAAAUCUGGUCACGACAAUGGCUAUUGCUGUCUGAAGAUGAGAAACUGAAGAUUAUGGAUAUUACUUGUCAGUGACGCUUGAAUUGCACAUUUUGUACUUAUACUGAAUAGAUUUGUUGAUUAAAUUUGAAAUGUAUUUUUUAUGGAUCUUACUUGUCAGUGACGCUUGAAUUGCACAUUUUGUACUUAAUAGAUUUGUUGAUUAAAUUUGAAAUGUAUUUUUUAUGGUCUUACUUAAUUGUCAGUGACGCUUGAAUUGCACAUUUUGUACUUAAUAGAUUUGUUGAUUAAAUUUGAAAUGUAUUUUCGCUUCAUGUUCUGUGCAUGUUAUUUA